UGGUCCUGGUGUUGCACCACAUCCUCAUCGCUGUUGUCCAAUUCCUCAGGCGGGGCCAGCAGGUCUUCCUCAAGCCGGACGAGCCGCCGCCGCCGCAGCCAUGCGCCGACAGCCUGCAGCCAGCAAGGACCCCCUUGCACAGGAGCCAGAAUCCCCAGGGAGUAGAACCGACGGACUGGAGGAUGCUUUGCUGAGCCUGGGCGCCGUUAUCGACAUCGCUGGCCUGCGUCAGGCUGCCAAGGAUGCUCUCUCAGCUGUACUCCCCAGAGUGGAGACUGUCUACACCUACCUGCUGGAGGGUGAGUCCAGGCUGGUGUGUGAGGACCCACCUCAUGAGCUGCCGCAGGAAGGAAAAAUCCGAGAGGCGGUGAUCUCCGGGAAGCGGCUGAGCUGCAAUGGACUGGGCUCCUCAGACCUACUAGGAAAGCCCUUGACUAGGCUGGUGGCUCCACUGGCUGCUGGCACCCAAGUGCUGAUCAUACCCCUGGUGGACAAGGAGGCUGGAACUGUGGCAGCUGUCAUCCUGGUGCACUGUGGCCAGCUGAGUGACAGUGAGGAGUGGAGCCUUCAGGCCGUGGAGAAGCAUACUCUGGUGGCCCUGCGGAGGGUGCAGGUUCUGCAGCAGCGCAGGCCUGAAGCUGUCCAGAACACCUCAGUGGAUGCCUCUGAAGAUCAAAAGGACGAGAAGGGGUACACCGACCAUGACCGAAAGAUCCUGCAACUGUGUGGGGAACUCUAUGACCUGGAUGCCACUUCCCUGCAGCUCAAAGUCCUUCAAUAUCUGCAGCAGGAGACACAGGCAUCUCACUGCUGCCUCCUGCUUGUGUCAGAGGACAAUCUGCAGCUUUCCUGCAAGGUUAUUGGAGAUAAAGUGCUGGGAGAAGAGAUCAGCUUUCCUCUGACCAUGGGACGCCUGGGCCAGGUGGUGGAAGACAAGAAGUGUAUCCAGUUGAAGGACCUGACCUCUGAUGAUGUGCAGCAGCUACAAAACAUGUUGGGCUGUGAGCUGCAGGCUAUGCUAUGUGUCCCUGUCAUCAGCCGGGCCACUGACCAGGUGGUGGCUCUGGCUUGCGCCUUCAACAAGCUUGGAGGAGACUUGUUCACGGACCAGGAUGAACACGUGAUCCAACACUGCUUCCACUACACAGGCACGGUGCUCACCAGCACCUUGGCCUUCCAGAAGGAGCAGAAGCUCAGGUGUGAGUGUCAGGCUCUUCUCCAAGUGGCAAAAAACCUUUUCACUCACCUGGAUGACGUCUCUGUUCUGCUACAGGAGAUCAUCACCGAGGCCAGAAACCUCAGCAAUGCAGAGAUCUGCUCGGUGUUCCUGCUGGAUCAGAACGAGCUGGUGGCCAAGGUGUUCGAUGGCGGUGUGGUGGACGAUGAGAGCUAUGAGAUCCGCAUCCCGGCGGACCAGGGCAUCGCGGGCCACGUGGCGACCACGGGCCAGAUCCUGAACAUCCCAGACGCAUACGCCCAUCCGCUUUUCUAUCGCGGCGUAGACGACAGCACUGGCUUCCGCACGCGCAACAUCCUCUGCUUCCCUAUCAAAAACGAGAACCAGGAGGUCAUCGGUGUGGCUGAACUAGUGAACAAGAUCAAUGGGCCAUGGUUCAGCAAGUUCGAUGAGGACCUGGCCACAGCCUUCUCCAUCUACUGCGGCAUCAGCAUCGCCCACUCUCUCCUGUACAAAAAGGUGAACGAGGCCCAGUACCGCAGCCACCUGGCCAAUGAGAUGAUGAUGUACCAUAUGAAGGUCUCUGAUGAUGAGUACACCAAGCUUCUCCAUGAUGGGAUCCAACCUGUGGCUGCCAUUGACUCCAACUUUGCCAACUUCACCUACACUCCUCGCUCUCUGCCUGAGGACGACACUUCUAUGGCCAUCCUGAGCAUGCUGCAAGACAUGAACUUCAUCAAUAACUACAAAAUUGACUGCCCAACUCUGGCCCGGUUCUGCUUGAUGGUGAAGAAAGGCUACCGGGAUCCACCCUACCACAACUGGAUGCACGCCUUUUCUGUCUCUCACUUUUGCUACCUGCUCUAUAAGAACCUGGAGCUUUCCAGCUACCUCGAGGACAUCGAGAUCUUUGCCUUGUUUAUUUCCUGCAUGUGUCACGACCUGGACCACAGAGGGACAAACAACUCCUUCCAGGUGGCCUCGAAAUCUGUGCUGGCCGCACUCUACAGCUCGGAAGGCUCUGUCAUGGAGAGGCAUCAUUUUGCUCAGGCCAUUGCCAUCCUCAACACUCACGGCUGCAACAUCUUUGACCACUUCUCCCGGAAGGACUAUCAGCGCAUGCUGGACCUGAUGAGGGACAUCAUCUUGGCCACAGACCUGGCACACCACCUCCGCAUCUUCAAGGACCUGCAGAAGAUGGCUGAAGUGGGUUAUGACCGAACCAACAAACAGCACCACAGGCUUCUUCUCUGCCUCCUCAUGACUUCCUGUGACCUCUCUGACCAGACAAAGGGCUGGAAGACCACUAGAAAAAUUGCGGAGCUGAUCUACAAAGAGUUCUUCUCCCAGGGAGACUUGGAGAAGGCCAUGGGCAACAGACCGAUGGAAAUGAUGGACCGGGAGAAGGCCUACAUCCCUGAGCUGCAGAUCAGCUUCAUGGAGCACAUCGCCAUGCCCAUCUACAAGCUGUUACAAGACCUGUUCCCCAAGGCAGCAGAGCUGUAUGAACGUGUGGCCUCCAACCGUGAGCACUGGACCAAGGUGUCCCAUAAGUUCACCAUCCGAGGCCUCCCGAGUAACAACUCGCUGGAUUUCCUGGACGAGGAAUACGAGGUGCCCGAUUUGGAUGGCCCUAGGGCUCCUGUCAAUGGCUGCUGCAGCCUUGAGGCUGAGUGAUCCCCUCUGGGGACCCUCCCUGCCCAGCCCUCCUUCCACAGCUCUCUACCAGUCUGUCUGAUGCAUUGGGAACCAGAGCCAUGGGUCCUGGGUUCUAGGCCAGGAUGUCCCCUGUGACCCGGCACAUACUACCCUUCCUGGGCCGGGCCUCAGCUUUCUCAUCUGUAGAAGGGAAGCAAGAUCCCUAGUCUCACACAGACUUGCCCAUUUGUUCUUCAAGAGCUCAGUGGUGACCAGUGGCAGGGGGUUCCGUUCUGCACCUCUGACCAUACCGUGCCCAGUCC